UAAUAAUUUGUUGCAAAUGAGUCUUCUGAGCCUAAGCAAACAUCCAUGGUUGUAUGAAAAUGGCUUAAAGCCAAUUUUAAAAAAUGAAAGUAUUGUAGUGGCCCUGACCUGAACUGAAAAAGGCUGUCGGAGCAAAGAGGACGACAAUCCUGACUGAGUUUCGCCAGUUCUGUCAGCAGGAAUGGUCAAAAAUCUGGCAAAGUAUUGUGAGAAGUUUGUGGAAGGCUGAUCCAAGUGUUUGAGUUCCCCAAGUUCAAGCAGUCACCCAAUACUAGUCUAUUGGAAAUCUAAUACAGUAAAUAAAUCUGUCUCUGUGCUAUUAUUUGGAAAUGGAAUAUGUGGAAAUUGAAUCUGAAUGCCUUUAGUCUUGGUAUGUAAACGUUGCGUGUGUGCCAUGCAACUCUACGCGUAAUCCCUUGUCAGAAACCAGGUUCAUGUUUAUUGCUCCCUAUGAAGUGAGCUUUUUAAGGUUGUAUUUGUUUUUUUUUUUUUUUGACGCGGUUUAUGUACUCACCUCGGUGUGCGCGAGCGUCACAAAUCCGAGGAACAAUAUUCCCACUGGUGUCGCGCGCAUCGGAGCGGCUCGGGACGUGUCUCCUGUUGCGCGUGACGCCGCUCCAGGGUGAACGUGCUCUCCGUUUGUCCUCAACCAAACCAGAUCAGCUCAGAUGAAGCAUGUAGACCUGCCACAAUGCGCAGAGAUGUCCGGAAUAUAUCUCUCGCGCGUUCGCGUUACGCGUUGCUUACUCAAGCGCUCGCGUCGCGCGUAUUCCCAAAAAGAAAUAUAGCCAAGAGUGGAAUUAAGGGAUUGUGGGAAUGAACAUUAAUACUUCUCCACGGGUUCUUCUGGAGAAAACUGCUUGCCUAGAUACUUGAAGGGGUAGCAUGGGUUGUGUUUGUGUGGGCAGCGACUAGUCUGGACAGGUUGUGACUUCUUGUGCGUCACGUAUCCUGGUUUAUGGGCGACUCAUUCUAGACUCACUUCUAGGCGACAGGUCCACGUUUUGGGCGCGUGCUUUCGCCUCUCAAUGUGUGUUAAAUUCAGGGGUAAUGUGAAAUCCGCGUGGUGCACAGAAUCGCGAAUCGGGAGUAUCGCUCACAAGGAAUUUGGCUCCACUGGUCAUAGGCUCACAGAGACUGUGGGCACAUCUCGAACCAGAGCGCGCCUUGAGUGGCGGGUGAGAUGACACGCCCCCACCGGAUUGCCUCGCUCAGCCUCCCACUCUGGUGGCUUUUACUGACACGCGUGUACAGACAGGAAGUUCAAGGGGUUGAGAUCUCCCAGGACUGUGGCCAGCGCAACACCAGCUUGUGCCCCUGUAUUCCAAUAAAAGGUUCCAGGGGACCUCCUGGUGCUUUAGGGGAAGAUGGUCGAAUGGGGGCUCCAGGUCCACAAGGCCCUCAGGGACAACGUGGACAGAAAGGACAACGUGGAUCGGAAGGAAUUCUUGGGGUUCCUGGAAUAAAAGGAGAUGUAGGCACUAUAGGAAUUCCUGGAUAUCCUGGACAAGAUGGAUCCACUGGUCCUCGUGGACAUGUUGGCCCUCCCGGUCUUCCAGGAUUAGAUGGCUGCGAAGGAACCAGAGGAGAUCCAGGACCUGCUGGCCGUCCAGGACCAAAUGGUGGAAUGGGACCACGAGGACACCCAGGACCAAAGGGACCAAAAGGAGUUAGUGCAUGCAGAUAUUCAAGGGUUCCUGGUCAACCUGGUUGCGAUGGACCUCCUGGUGAUCCUGGACCUCGAGGACUUCCUGGACCUUGUGGCCCACAGGGUCCACAGGGGAACCCUGGAGAUCCUGGAUUACCGGGUGGAAAUGGUGCUCCAGGUGUACGAGGUGCUCCAGGAGACACAGGAAAACUGACUCCUGGUGAUGGUGGAGAUGAGGGAGAUACAGGGCCAAAGGGUAAUCCAGGGCCCACUGAAACCUUUCAGCCACCAGAAGAAUUGUUCCUCAAAGGAGACAAGGGGUCAAAAGGACCUGACGGACCCUCUGGAUUGCCUGGAUAUAAGGGAAAUGUCGGAUCUGCGGGGGAAACGGGAGAGAAAGGUGUCGCAGGUUGGCCAGGACCUACAGGAGAAUCUGGCUAUCCUGGGCAUUCUGGCAGACAAGGAAUUAAGGGUGAACAAGGAAUGUCUGGACUCUUAGGUGAAUGUGGCUCCCCAGGACUAAAGGGAAUCUCGGGUGAUCCUGGACCAAGAGGGCAAACAACAUAUUUCUUUUAUGAAGCAGGUUGUGUUGGUGAACGAGGAUCUCCUGGGGCCCCUGGUGUCAAAGGAGACAUGGGAUUGGUGGGUCUGCCAGGCCCUACUGGUCGAACAGGAAUAUCUAUACCAGGAACCCCAGGCCGGCCAGGGAUGGAUGGUCCUCAAGGCCUUCAAGGUGAAAAAGGAGCGCCAGGAAAGAGAAGCACUGAGCAGAUCCCAGGGGAACCUGGGAAACCAGGGCUCCAAGGGCCAAAAGGGAUUCAAGGGGAUCCCGGGCCCACUGGAUACUCCUGCAUCCCCGGCCAAAGAGGAGAUCCUGGAAUCACAGGAGAUAAAGGUCCAUCUGGUUCUAAAGGCAAUGAAGGGAAACAAGGUGACAAUGGUGACUGUGGUUGUGCGGUCAGUACUUUUUACGGCGUUAAUGGUUUCCCGGGUGAACCUGGCGAACCCGGUGCUCCAGGACUGCAGGGGCUUCCUGGUGCACGAGGUGAAACUGGCCCUGAUGGAGAACCUGGGCUGAAAGGACAUUUUGGUUAUCCGGGUUUUCCAGGUUUCAGGGGGAUAAAAGGAGAAAAAGGAAACCUGUUUGUGAUGAAUAUCAAGGGUCAAAAGGGACCGGCUGGCACACCAGGGACUGAGGGCAAUCUGGGUAUCAAUGGCAGGUGUGGGGAUCAUGGGAAUCCUGGCCCUCCAGGAGAUUGUGGUCCAGAGGGUGAAAGUUUUACAGGUUUUCCUGGUGAUCGAGGUUGUCCAGGAAAUAUGGGUUUCAAAGGUGCAAGAGGUCCCUGUGGACCACAAGGCUCAGGCAUUCCUGGGCCAGUAGGUCAUCGAGGACAUGAAGGUGACCAGGGACCUCCAGGACAGAGAGGAAAUGUUGGGCGUAAAGGAAACAAAGGUGAUAUGCAACUCUGUAUACCUGGCAGUCCUGGAGUCCGUGGACCAAACGGAGAGCUUGGUGACCAAGGCCGCUUAGGAGAGGAGGGAAAUCCAGGGCCUUGUGGGGAUCAUGGAAUAAAUGGACCAAAGGGAGAGAAAGGAAACCUUGGAAAUCCUGGUUCUAAUGGCCCUGCAGGGUUAUGUGGAUCUCAGGGGGAUCCAGGAGACUGUGGACCUGUUGGAAAGAGUUUGCAUGGGGAACCAGGGAUACCCGGCAAUACUGGACCCACAGGGUUACAAGGAUGCAUUGGAGACUCAUUGGUAGGAGAGCGAGGGCCAGUGGGCCCUAGUGGGCUCACUGGCUCUUUAGGACCUAAAGGAUUCCCUGGAGCCCCAGGGUCACUUGGUAGAGAAGGCUCUCCUGGUGUACCUGGAGCUCGAGGUAGGAAAGGAGAGCCAGGAGCAAAUGGUCAGCCUGGGAAAGAGGGGUCUGCAGGCCCAUGUGCAGUACAGUGUCCAGUUGGAACAGUGGGCAACCCAGGACUUCCAGGAGACCCAGGCUGUAAUGGAAAUCCAGGCGAACGUGGUGAGAAGGGAUGUACCGGACCACCUGGCAUUCCUGGAAGGGGGCUGAAAGGUGAUACUGGGAAACCAGGCCCACCUGGUGCUCAGGGAUACUUUGGUCCUCAGGGAUGGCGAGGAUCAGAAGGACAGUCUGGAGAUCCUGGUCCAAAUGGAUUGAAAGGUCAUCCUGGACAACCCGGAUGGGCCGGCUUACCUGGUGGCCCUGGCGAGUGUGGAUGUCAAGGCCCACCUGGCGUAAAAGGCGAGAAAGGCUUUGACGGGGGGCAAGGUUGUCCUGGCGUAAAUGGAGAGGAAGGAGAGAAAGGUUCCCAUGGAAAUCCUGGGAUGCCAGGAGAGAUUAACGUGAAUGCUGAAAAGGGGAAGAAGGGGCUACUAGGAAUGCCUGGGCAGUGUGGACUCCCUGGUCUCCGAGGCGAUAAAGGUGAGAAGGGUGAACACGGCCCAGAUGGCUUUUCAGGGUAUCCUGGACUUCCAGGUUCUGAGAAUGGCCCUCGAGGACCACAAGGUCUUUUUGGAAGGCCAGGUGGACCUGGACGCCAGGGCUUACCAGGGUUAAAAGGCCAUAGCGGAUUUACUGGAGGAUGUGGAGAUCCAGGUGACCCAGGAUUGAGUGGAUCUCCAGGACUCCCAGGUUUCCCUGGAUUUGAUGGGCUGAAAGGUGAUAGAGGAGAUUCCAUAGGUACACCAGGACCUCCAGGUUUGAGAGGUCCAUCUGGACAAAAUGGCUUCCCAGGUUCUCCUGGAGAUGAGGGAGAUGAGGGAGAAGAGGGUCCGCCUGGUCAGUGUGGACGGCCUGGCAAACCUUGUCCUGUUGGAAAUCGAGGACACUGUGGACCCCCAGGUGUUAUUGGUCCUGCGGGACCCAGAGGUAAAUGUGGUGCCGAAGGUCCUUCAGGGCCUCCUGGACCUCCUGGACCUACUGGACCAUCAGGCCACAAUGGCCCAAAAGGUUGUCCAGGGCCACCGGGACUGCAUGGACUGGAUGGAUUAGAGGGUGUGAAUGGUGAACCAGGGGCACGCGGACUAGGUGUACCUGGGGAUAGGGGGCCUGAUGGUCUGACAGGUGAAAAGGGUUGUCCAGGAGACCCUGGGCCACAUGGUCCUAUCCAGCAAGGGGUCAAAGGCUAUCACGGCCCACCUGGAUUGCCAGGUGAACCUGGUUAUCCUGGUCCUCCAGGUCUUCCUGGCAGGGACUGUGAGAACCCUAAAGGAGGACAGAGUGGUGAAACAGGUUUUAUGGGUGGUGACGGCCCACCAGGACUUAGGGGGCCUAUGGGACUGGCAGGCCUGGCAAUACCUGUGCGGGGGGAUGAGGGGGACCCAGGUACACAUGGUCCUCCUGGAAGUAAAGGACAAAUAGGUGAUUGUGGUCCCAAAGGCCAGGUCGGGGUUUCAGGCCUCCAUGGACAGAAAGGUGAGCAAGGAGACCCAGGACUUAUUGGAGAUCCUGGACCUUCUGGCUUACCAGGAGAAAAUGGCAGCCCCGGGCUCAGGGGCACUAAAGGACUAAAAGGAGACCGAGGUUCUCCUGGACAUGUAGGGAAUAUUAUUCAUAGGGAUUCCGGCAGGCCGACUCCAGGUCCACCUGGACUUCCUGGACCUCCUGGUGAACCUGGCUUUCCAGGACUUAUAGGAAUUCAGGGAAGUGCAGGUCUAAAAGGGACAAAAGGCCCAGUGGGAGAUCAAGGGUUGGACGGUGAACCAGGACCACCUGGCCAUAUCGGACCUCCUGGAGACCCUGGACCGGAGGGUGCCAGAGGUUCACCAGGCAGGCAAGGCCAACAAGGACCUCCAGGAGAUGAAGGUCCUCCCGGCCCUUCUGAGCGUUUCAGCUCAGGCUUCCUAUUGGUCAUCCACAGCCAAUCAACAGUUGUACCUGUUUGUCCUCAAGAUAUGUUAAAGUUGUGGGAGGGAUACAGCCUACUGUACCUUGAGGGGCAAGAGAAAGCACACCCGCAAGACCUAGGUCAGGUAGGGUCGUGUAUGCGUGUCUUCAGCACUAUGCCCUUUUCACGCUGCAACCAGCAUGCCUGCAACUAUGCCAACCGCAAUGACAAAUCCUAUUGGCUUGCCACCACUGCUCCAUUACCCACAAGGCCCGUGUCUGGGCUGGACAUCCAGCCACACAUCAGCAGGUGUGUGGUGUGUGAGGCUCCAUCACCGGCCAUUGCCAUUCACAGCCAGGAAAGACUCAUACCCACGUGUCCGCCGAAUUGGAGGAACCUCUGGAUUGGAUAUUCUUUCCUUAUGCACACCGGGUCAGGAGAUGAAGGAGGCGGCCAGCCUCUCACAUCGUCAGGAAGCUGCCUACAGGAUUUCUUCACACAUCCAUUCGUGGAAUGCCAGGGCCCACAAGGGACAUGCCACUAUUUCGCCAACCUCUACAACUUUUGGCUCAUGAGUUUCAAUGGCGAGCAACGAGAAGUGAUCUUAAAAGAAGCGAGCGAGCUGCGUGAUUACGUUAGCCGAUGCAGUGUCUGCCUGAGGGUGUGA